AAUGCCAUUACUGAUAAAAUUAAUAAUGUUUCUGAAAACGGACCUGCCGAAAAUAAACGUGAAGAGCUUUUUGCUCGAUUAGAUAAGCUUCGUGGUAAACAAGCUGAAACUAAGAGAAAUAGAUCGAAUAUUUUUGAGCAACUUAAAUCUAUGAAUGAGUCUUUGCAAAAAAAGAAACGUGAUUUGCAACAAAGUAAAAAUAGCGUUCAAUAUAGAUCUAUUAAAGAAAUCGACAAUGCAAUUGAAAAUUAUGAAAGACAAAUUGAGUCUGGUACUUUAAAAAUUAUUGAUGAAAAGAAAAUCAUUGCGAAUAUAUCAAAUUUAAAAAAAUCUAAAAAAUCGGUAAAACUAUUUGAAACUCAAAAAAAUGCAAUUGAAGAAGAACAAAAAAAAAUAGAUGAAUUAAAGAAAACUCUUGAUGAUAGUGAUUUUAAAAAAAAUAAUGAAGAAUAUGAUGAUGUUAAAGCGCAACUUGAAACAGUUAGUAAAGAUUGUGAUUUGAAUCGAGAAAAACGUAACGAGUUAUUUGACGAAAAAAAGAGAUUAACCGCGCAAAAACGUGAAAUUCAGGAACAAUAUAAUAAAUCUAAACAAGAAUACAGAAAAUAUCAAGAAGAAGAAAAUAAACGUCGUCAAGAGUUGAAAAGGAAGCAAGCUCAAGAACGUGAAAACCAAUACAAAAAAGAAGUCAUGGCUAGAAAACGAGAAGAAGCUGCUGUUCCUGCUUUUCAAUUAGAUAUUCUUAAUUGUGAAAAUUUAAUUAAUUAUUUUGAAUCUCUUAAUGGAGGAACUGGUAAAUCCGCUCAACUACAGUCUUCUCCUACUGCACCAGUUGAUAGUAAUAUCCGUCAACCCGAUGCCACUAGUAAUGUUCCUGAGGGUACUGUUCUUAUGAAAAAAUCUGAUAGAGGUGACGAUUAUUUUAUCGGUGGUGGUAAAAAACAUAAAAAAUCUCAAAAAGAAAAAAAAUCUAGCAAAAGUAAUGUUUUCCCACUUUCUUUUAGUAUUAUGGAACAAUUGACUUCCCUUGAUGUUGCUGUACCUCUUAAUUCUUCUGAAAUUGAACAAACUAUUGAGAGUUUAUUUCAAAAGAAAAAAUAUUUUAUUGAAAAUCAAGAUCGUGUUACUAAAGAAAACAUGGAAAAAGUUGAAGCUGAAAUAGCUGCUAUGGAAGAAAAUGGGUUUGGCCAUCAUAAGAAAAAGGGUAAUAAUAAUUACAUUAAUAAUAAUGAGAAAAAGGAUAAGUCUGAUGAUAAAAAUGAGGAUGACUCUACUUUUUCCAUCGCUAAAGAUGAAGAAAAAGUUGAGGAUGUUACUGAAAAUGAAAAAAAAGAAGAGACUCCAGUUAAGGAGGAAGAAACUGAUGCAUCUUGGUAA